AGUGAAUUCGGAAUCAGCUGGAGACAGAAGGAGUGUGGAGUCUCCUCAGAGGAAGGAUAAAACACACAAAACACUGAAAAGCACAAAUCAGAUGCCUGAUGAAAGGUUGUCCUACACGCACCUGAAUGCAGUACAAGCCUCCGACGGCUCAUCCAAAGGGUCUCAUUCCACAUGGAGAUUAAACCAGCAUUAGGCAAGAGCAGAUGGAUGAUGCUGAUCCCUCACUCCGGUAUGGAGUGACAGAUGACAGAGGGAUUUAUACAGCAAGAGAGUGAGAGAAACAGGGAGGUAACGAAAGGUUCACUGCCUCCGGUAACAGGAAACAGUGGAAAAGGUCAAGCACAUCGAUCGGAAGGCGUGAAGACAAAUUGAACUGAUCAUUUCCUCUGGUCUGAAGAGGUGAAGCUGAUUCCAGUUCACUGGCGAGAACCACCAGCAGCAGCAGGACGACUUCCAGUUGAAACUGAUUCACAGUCAUCGGUAAACUGCUGGCAGACGGUGGCAGACAGUGGGCCAGACAGCAGCCAUGGGAAUGACUAAUGCAGUCCACAGCUCCAAAUAUGAGAAUUCAAAACUCUGAGUUCCAGCAGGAGGUGGGUGUGACUAGACACCAGGAAGUGAUACGGGACAGUUUUGGCCCAGAAUAAACCUUGAGAACUCAUCAGUGAUGAUUUGUUGGCAGGAAAUGGUCGACUUAAACCUAAGACUCAAAUCCAAAACUGUGUGGAGCUAGCAAGUUUUUACUGAAACCCAAAACACUUAUAGCUAUUUCAUUUUUUUCCAUUUGUCCCUGACAUUUCCUGUGACUUCGAAAGAAACGGUUUUAAAACUCCAUGCUUCGUACAUCCAUGUCCUUCCCGUUUACUUCCCUCUGCUGGUGAAGACUGAAAUCCAAAGGAGCCCUCCCUGUUUCAGCUUAAAUCUGGUGGGGGUCUGUCUUUGGGAUGGGCGGCCCAGCGAGGGCUCUCCUUGGCGGGUUCGGUACCACCACCUCAUCCCUGGAGGUUGGGGGCCGGAUGGCUUGGCCAAGCAACAAUACCUUGGACCUCAACCAAAGCCGGGUAUGGGGGAUCGGGCUCGGAAGGAACGGCGCCGGUGCGGCAGGCGAAGGUUCAGGUCUUGAAAACUACACCCAGGAGGGUCUGAGCGGCAGUGUGAUCAAAGAGAAAAACUGGCCUGCGUUGCUCAUACUCGUCAUCAUCGCAUUGACGAUUGGUGGGAACAUCCUGGUGAUCCUGGCGGUUUCGCUGGAGAAGAAGCUCCAAAAUGCAACCAACUUCUUCCUGAGGUCACUGGCUGUGGCGGACAUGCUCGUUGGCAUCUUGGUCAUGCCGAUCUCCCUCAUCAACAUCCUCUAUGAUUACGCCUGGCCUCUCCCCAGCGCCCUGUGUCCGAUCUGGAUCUACCUGGACGUGUUGUUCUCCACCGCAUCCAUCAUGCACCUGUGCGCCAUCUCCCUUGACCGCUACGUGGCCAUCCGUAACCCCAUAGAGCACAGCCGCUUCAACUCCAGAACCAAAGCCAUGAUGAAGAUCGCAGCAGUCUGGACCAUAUCUAUAGGUGUGUCGAUGCCUAUUCCAGUGAUCGGCCUCCACAACGAGGACAAGGUCUUCGUAAACGGCAGCUGUGUCCUCAACGAGGAGCGCUUCAUGCUGAUUGGCUCCUUUGUGGCCUUCUUCAUUCCACUGGUCAUCAUGGUGGUGACGUACUGCCUCACCAUUCAGGUGCUCCAGAGGCAGGCCACUGUCUUCCUGUGCGAGGCAAAGACUUCCUCCUCCCAGCAGCCUUUGCAUCCACCAGCAAUGACAAACACGUUACAGCCUCCGCCCACCGCCUUCCACCUCCCUCAGAUCAACACACUCGCCCCUCCAGAAGAGUUAAAGCCCCCGCCCCCUCAGAGCAGAAGGAACACCCUGAGCUGCCUGAAAGGGGCGGAGCCCAGCAUGCUACUCAGCGCCUCCACCUCAGACAACAUAAGCAUCAUCCCCAGCUCUGAGGUGGCAUCGCAGCUCAGUUCGCCAGCCGCAGGGCCGGGGCGGAGCGACGCAUCUGGUUGCCACGGGCGACGGGGGAUGAUGCAGGCCAUAAAGAACGAGAGACGGGCCUCCAAGGUUUUGGGAAUUGUCUUCUUCCUCUUCCUCAUCAUGUGGUGCCCCUUCUUCAUCACGAACGUCACUUUCGUUCUGUGCCGCGGCUCCUGCAACGAGUCGCUGCUCCACGACCUCCUCAACGUCUUCGUGUGGGUGGGUUACAUCUCUUCCGGGGUGAACCCUCUGGUCUACACCCUCUUCAAUAAGACCUACAGGAGAGCGUUCUCCAGCUACAUCAGGUGCCAAUAUAAAGUUGGGGCCAAUGCAGCGGGGCGUAAAACCCUCCUGGUCCCUCCCCCUUGCCCAUCGCACGCCGUGACCCCUCUUCUGAUGGGCGGUCACGACAAAGGAGGCAUGGACCGCAAUAGUAACUGUCGCAACGGCGGUAGGGGGGAUAACGGGAGGUUGACGGUGGACCCGGAAGACACGACGGAUGACGGGACGCAGUUCGGAGGAGCGUCGCAAAGCAUCUCCGAAUCAAACAUCGGAGUACUGUCGGAAACUGAGCCGGAAACAGAGAUGGAGCAGGAGCUGUCACUCAUCAGCUAUAGCCCCGCCUCUAGAGAACACACAAGCAGCGUGUGAUCGUGUUUGUUACUUCGUGUUCUUUGUUUUUGUAACACCUGCGAACGCUGGGACGAGCAGCGUAAACCGCAGGCAGGUGCUGGGGAGCCUUUUUUCAGCAGAUUCAACCGGUUUAUGGUACUUUUAUUGGGAAUGGGCUCAUUUUGGUUGAGGCCUUAUCCCCAUGUUGAAGUGCACUAAUUCUACCAAUGAGUAGAAGUAGAGAUCAGGAGGAAAACGGGAAAAACUGAACUUAUGUGGUGAAAAAUUGGCAAUCUCCUUUGAUUUUUUUUGGAAUGAAAACCACCAUGUGAUUUUAUUUGUUUUGUAUUUACUACAAAAAUGUUGGUUUUUAUCCCAUAAACAGAGAACGAAGGUACAUUUGGAGGUCCGAUCCGUGUCAAAAAGCCAAAAACUGGACAUGACGGUGAAGAGCUUAACCUCAAUCUUAACCUAGAACGCAGAAAAGCGGCCCUAGAUGGAAGCUCCCGAUGCAUCCGAGGACAAACUCCGACAUCGAGCCUUCACUCGGAGUCAAAAAUGGAGUCAGAGCUCCGUGGAAUCCCCAUCCACACCCAGCAAAUGAAACCAAAUCUAUUUUCAAGCUUGACAACAACGGUGGUGAAAAAUCUAUCCGAAUGAACCUUUUUCCAGCAUGUAUAAUCGAACUAUUCAACCGACAGAAAUGAGAUUUUCACUGAUGAAAACUUUCGAUCUUCAAAGCUGCAGUGAAAUCUGGUCUCUGAGAGGACGGAGAUGAAGGAAUGUACAACGGCCACUGGUCUCUGGUGGACUCAUAGUGCCAUCUGGUGGUCACAGAGAAACAGACACACAGUGUGGUGUCAGAAGUCUAUCCCCCUUCAAAUGUACAAGGGGUUAAUAGAGCUAAAAAAAAA